AUGCAGAUCCCGCAAAGAUUCCUUCCAGAAACAUGUCCUAUAUUACUAGCCAAAAGAGGUCCGAAGAAGGGCCAGCUGCACGCACUGCGCAACCGGAUCGCGACGCUGGAACAGCAACUUUUCGGGGAGCUGGGCCAGAGGGAUCCUGAUUGCCACAUGGUGCAGGAUUCUCAAAGCAGCCCUCACCCUCGUGACACCACUACAUCUGGAACACCUACACAGCACUCUUUUGGCGACCUAGAGAGUGAGGCGAUUGCAGGCUCACCAAUCGAUCCACUCUUGACAAGGGCUGUUGGGAGCCCAAUUACAGACAACACUACAUACAUGUCUAUGUACUCAGGCCUAGAGAUCGGCAACAAUUUCGCAUUUGACGAUUGUCUAGCGACACAAUCCAUGGGUGUAUCGACGACGAGUAACGUAUGUGGUUCAAGUCCGACGCUGGUGACUCCGGCUUGCGGCAUGAGCGAGUCUAACAUCUCGGACGUGGUGCGAGCAGAUCUAGAUGAGAUCUACUUCGAGCAUGUGCACGCUAUGACGCCAAUUGUUCAUAAGCGCCGAUACUUGUCGUGGGCAGGUCAAGAGGAUGUCCCUCCGGCUCGGGAAUGCCUUCGCCUCGCAAUGCGGACUAUUGCCGCCGCUGUCUCGAGUACAUCAAGCCCCCUCAGCGAGACGCUGUACGUGGAGACUCGCCGGAUCCUGGACACGCUGGACCUACUGCAACCCACAACGGUUCAACUCGAGCAUAUUCAAGCCGGCCUGCUUGUAUCCCACUAUGAGCUGAUGCGGCUCCGUGAGCACGAUGCCAUGCUCAUAGCUGGGCGAACGUUUAGGCUAAUACACUCUUCACGUCUGUAUGAUGUCGACGGCACAUCGGCUCUUACUUCAGUUUCGCCGACCAAGAUGGAUGGCUCAAGCUUUUCCGAAAUGGAAGAGAAGCGUCGGACUUUCUGGUUAGCGUUCGUCCUCGACAGAUUCCUCAGUACGCGAAACGAGUGGCCUGUGACACUACAAGAGGAAACGAUUUGUGCCCGCCUUCCCGCUCCAGAGACAAAUUUCCAGAACGACGAGGCGAUCCAGAUGAGUGUUCUGUCCGAGGCGAUUACCAGCAACGAUCACAAAUCCCUCUCAUGCUUCGCCGAGUGCAUCGUUCUUGCAUCCCUGCAUGGGCGCUGCCUGACGUUGCGAAGGCUGGCACAUGCUGCUGCCGCUGCCGAUAUGAACUGGCGCAGUGCUUGGUCGCGGGUAGAGAGGCUCACUGUGGUUCUGGAAAAGCGAGCCGAUAGAUUGCUGCAGGCCACUCCUCCGGCGGCUUCAAUCCUCGUGGAACGUGACCCCAUGUUGGUAUUCUCGCACAUCCUGGCUCAAAACGCAAUUAUUCAUCUUUACCACACGAGCCAGCCUCUGCCGUUCCAGCCGGAAGAAUACACCUCCCCAGUUGCAGGGUUUUCUGGUGAGCAGCGAGCAUACCAAGCCGCUGUCUAUACGGCACACAUGGCUUUGUCAGUGCCCAGUAUCAGCUGUCUCAAGGUCCAACCAUUCCUUCCUCACGCGCUGGCAAGCUCCGCCGCGUUCCUCAUGGAACGUUCAGAAUCUCCGAUCUUCACAGAUCCGCUAGGAGAGCCGAAGGAUGAUAUAGAGCAGCUACUAGUCGCAUUGCGGAGUCUCAGAGAUAGCAACUUUUCGGCAAACGUGGCUUUGUGUAGACUAGACGCUUUGAGUAACAGAGCGGCAUAA